AUGAGCGCCUGGGGCCCCCCCGCCGCCCCCGCCGGGCCCCCCGCGCCCCCCAACCCCUUCGUGCACGACCUGCGCCUGUCGCGCCCGCAGCGGCUCAAGUUCUGUGUCCUGGGGGCUCUAUUAGCCCCCAUCCGAGUGCUUCUGGCCUUCGUCGUCCUCUUCCUCCUCUGGCCUUUUGCCCUGCUGCAAGUGGCCGGGCUCAGCGAGGAGCAGCUCCGGGAACCCUUUUCGGGAUGGAGGAAGACUGUGUGUCACAAUGGGGUGCUGGGCCUCAGCCGCCUGCUCUUCUUCCUGCUGGGCUUCCUCCGGAUCCGAGUUCGGGGCCAGCGGGCCUCUCGCCUUCAAGCCCCUGUCCUUGUGGCCGCUCCCCACUCGACCUUCUUUGACCCCAUCGUUCUGCUGCCCUGUGACCUCCCCAAGGUUGUGUCUCGAGCUGAGAACCUUUCCGUGCCUGUCAUUGGAGCCCUUCUCCGCUUCAACCAAGCCAUUCUGGUGUCCCGGCAUGAUCCGGCUUCCCGGCGCAGGGUCGUGGAGGAAGUUAAAAGACGGGCAACCUCCGGAGGCAAGUGGCCCCAGGUCCUGUUCUUCCCCGAGGGCACGUGUUCGAACAAGAAAGCUUUGCUGAAAUUUAAACCAGGAGCCUUCAUUGCAGGCGUGCCCAUUCAGCCUGUCCUCAUACGCUACCCCAACAGUCUGGACACCACCAGCUGGGCAUGGAGGGGCCCUGGAGUACUCAAGGUGCUCUGGCUCACAGCCUCUCAGCCCUGUAGCAUCGUGGAUGUCGAGUUCCUCCCUGUAUAUCACCCCAGCCCUGAGGAGAGCAAGGACCCCACAUUGUAUGCCAACAAUGUCCAGCGGGUUAUGGCACAAGCCUUGGGCAUUCCAGCCACCGAGUGUGAGUUUGUUGGGAGUUUGCCAGUGAUGGUGGUGGGACGACUGAAGGUGGCAUUUGAGCCACAGCUCUGGGAACUGGGAAAGGUGCUUUGCAAAGCCGGGCUGUCCCCCAGCUGUGUGGACACCGGAGCAGAGCCAGGACGGAGUCGGAUGAUCAGCCAGGAAGAGUUUGCUAGGCAGCUCCAACUCUCGGACCCACAGACGGUGGCUGGCGCCUUCAGCUACUUCCAGCAGGAUGCCCAGGGUUUGGUGGAUUUCCGAGAUGUGGCCCUCGCCUUGGCUGCUCUGGACCGGAGCAGUGGCCUAGAAGAGCUGACCCGUCUGGCUUUUGAGCUCUUUGCUGAGGAACAAGCCGAGAGGCCUGGCCGGCUGCUCUACCAGGACGGCUUCUGCACCAUCCUGUACCUGCUGUUGGGCUCCCCCCGCCCCGCUGCCCAGGCGCUGCAUGCUGAGCUGUGCCAUGCCGGGCCCCACCCAGGACUGUCCUUCAGUCAGUUCCAGGACUUCUCCCUCCACGACCCGCUCCACGGGAAGCUCUUUAGCUCCUACCUGCGCCCCCCUCACAUACCAAAAGCCGCCUCUGCAGACAGCCCCCCUCCUGCUCUGGCCAAUGGAGCUGUGCCCAAGCAGAAGGGCGACUGAGCACUGCUCCUGGAAUACCCUGCUUGCAUCCUUCGCUGCACCAGGGGCCUUCCUACCCUUGGGCCGCAAGCCCAACUCUGCUCCUGUUUGAUUUUUUUUUUUUUUUUUGGUUAGAGUUGUUUGGGUUUUUUAUUUGAAGUUGGUUUUUAUUUCUUGUUUUGUUUUGUUGGUAUUUUUCUUUUGUAAAAACUAUUUUAUAUAUAAAUAUAAAUAUAUAUAUCUAUAUCUAUUUAAAAAAUAAA